AGAAGGUGGGAACGGCUAACGAAGGGUUUUAAUGAAUGGUCUGUGGAAAUGGCGGACAUCCGUAGCCUCUGCGGCACUGUACAUCGCUCGCGUUCCUGAACACUUUAUUUUUGCCGUUCCGGCAGCGAAGCACGUGUUUUUCGCGCGGAGCCUGUCUGUCUGGCUGCUGUCCUGCCUCCAGCUACAGCACCUCGGCACUCAGUGGUCGUGGACGCGGAGAGUAGAAUUUAUAAUUUAGCCGAAGCGAGGGGGCGCAGUGGCAGCUCAACCGCGUGCUCAUUCAUUGUCAUUUCCCCACGUCGCAGCGGCCCUUCAAGGACGAGCAGGACUGUGGCUUCGUGUCACGUGUGUCUGUCUUUGACAGACAUACAGUCGCCUCUCUCUCUGGGCUCGUUAUGAUCAUGUAGUAGCAGGUGCUGACUUCACCCUCUUGCUGUGUGUACGGAACCUGACAUGCGCUCCAUCCCGAGGGCGUGAGCGCUGAGCGGGUGAGGAAUGCGGUGGUACGAUGACGACCCUUCGAGAGGUUCUGCUUGUGGGAGAGGGAAACUUCUCCUUCUCGGCUGCCCUGUGCCAGGCUUCCUUGGGCGGUGCCAAGGUGACAGCCACCUGCUUCCUCACCCAAGAGGCAGCUCUGCGGCAGGAUGGGGCUGCUGACAACAUACGGAGGCUCCAGGACUGCGGGGCAGAAGUGCACUUUGAGGUGGAUGGCACCUCCCUGCAAGAGUGUGCUGCGCUCAAAGGAAGGCUCUUUGACUGCAUCGUCUUCAACUUCCCCCACUGUGGGCGCAAGAGCGGAGUGAAAAAGAACCGAAACCUGCUGGCUAAGUUCUUUCUCAGCUGCGUCCAGGUGCUGAAAGAUGGUGGGGAGAUCCAUGUUGCCCUGUGCAAUGGGCAGGGUGGCACACCUGUUGAUACUCCAAUGAGGGAGUGGCACAACAGCUGGCAGGCUGUUGCUAUAGCUGCUGAGGCAGGACUUAUCCUGAGUGAAAUCUGCCCCUUUGACCACGAAAAAUACCAGGGCUACAGGUGCACCGGCUACAGGAGCCAAGACAAAGGUUUCCACAUGGACGGGGCCUUAAAUCAUGUCUUCACACGUAGUUUGCCCUGCGUCGCCCCUCAGAGUAUGAGCAUGGAGAUCACUGUCGGAAGAGAGACUGUUCGCUACGAGUUUCCCCAAGAGUUGUGUGAAUUUGCAAACAGGAAUUUCCUGGGCCCUCAGUCACAUCACCCUGUGCAGAGAGUGAAAGAGCAGCUGCUGAAAGAACUGCAGUCAAUAUGGCCAGUGCACGUGGUGGAUAUGGACUUCCCCGAGCUCUUCCGCCGCUCUGCCGACAGGCUGCAUGCAUGUGGUCCUGGCAUUAGCUCCUCAGACAUCUACUGGAUCCGACCCACUGAAACCUGUGUUCUGGGCCAGGAGGAAAAGGAAACGGAGGAAGAUGGUGAGCCUGAUGGCAACCAGGAUAGUCCCAUGGGGGGCUUUGGGCUCCGACCAUCCUUACUCAUGCACGUCCAGGAGAUCAUCCAGCGUAGGGCCUUCCAGCCCGAAGUCCUGCAUGCAUUGAGUGGGUUGGUGUUCCAGAGAGUGCCCGUCUCUAGGAGCGUCUCGCCUGCUUUUCAUCAGCUGCUCCUCAUGGGGGCUUUCCCUGCGGAAUCCCAGCCAAUCCAUCAGAUCAAGAGUUGCCUGCAGUCGCUGCUUUCCCCGCAUGGCAUCGCCUUUGAAGAAAACCAGGGAGGUGGUAUACAAGAGCUGUGGGUGAAUACAAAGAGCCCCUUUAAAGUGGGCCGUUUGGAAGCGUUCCCUGCCACAAGGGAUGGCCCGCAAUCCCAGCAGCUGUGCGUGGCCACUUUCAACCUGGACUUGUUGUCUGUGCAGAUCUUUGACGUGGCUGACUGGCGCCUCCUGUGGAGUGCUGACCCCCGCUUCCUGGCCCACUUCCUCCUCAGAUCCCCUGGGCCUUUCCGCGCCUUCUCGCUGUACCCACCUGUCUACACGCAUGAUAUCAGCUUCUGGGUGGAGCCAGAGGGCUUUGAUGAGCUGGCCUUCCAUUCCCUCGUGCGGCGGGUUUCGGCAGGCACCGUAAAAGAGGUGGUUAUGGUAGACCGCUUCCGGCACCCCCACAUGGGCCAUGCUAGUCUGUGCUACCGGCUGACCUACCAGUCCCCGGACCGCGCGCUCUCUCACAGCCAGGCGUCGGGCAUGCAGCUCCAGUUGCGCAGCCUGCUGCCUACAGAGCUUGGGGUGACACUCAGAUAAAAAAAAAAAAAAAAAGAAUGGUGUCCUACUGAACUAUAUCAAUCAACUGAAACACAUCAAGAACUGGGGAAUCUACUGGUGUAAUGGUCAGAGCCAUCACCUCACAUUUGAAGGACCCAGGUUCAAGUCUCGCUGUCAUUGUAGUACUCCCGAGCAAGGUACUUGCUACGAGUUGCUCCACUAAAAUUUAAUUUACUGUUAAAAAAGUAAGCAGAUGUAGUAAACCUACCCUUGUAAGCCUCCUUCGUUGAAGGUGUCAUAUAGAGGUGGUCCCCGAUUUACGAUAGGGUUACGUUCCACGAAACCCACUGGAAGUUCAAAAUAUCGCAAGUUGAAAAUGCAUUUAAUACAUACCUCUGCGUGACAG